AUGUUUUAUCCAUACUAUUUGACGUAUCUAUGGGCCUUUCUUGUCAAUGGUCUUGAAACCAGGGGCCAGAAUAAACUCCCCGCAGUGUGGCCGCCGCCUCAGCAGAUCUCGUCGUCCGGCGCAGAUAUCUCGCUCAACGAUAAUGUCACCAUCGUGACCGGCAAUUUCACGGACUCUGCUACAAUUGACGCUAUCAAGGCAGUUGUAGUAUCUGCUGGCGGCCAUGCCGUCCUCUCAUCUGAGCCCACAAACAGUGGCACUCAGAUCGUCGUCGGCACUGAAGAGGCAAACGGCGCUGCUUCCGACAUUGCGGAGGCACUCACGGGUAAAUCUGCAGACGGUCUCGCGGCUGAAGGCUACGUCCUGGCAUCGGGCAACUAUAGGAAUCAGCCGAGCAUUGUGCUUAAUGGGAUAGACACGCGUGGUACUUUCUACGCAUCACAGACCCUUCGCCAACUUCUCAGCAAUGACGAUGUUCCAGGAGUGAAGGUGCGCGAUUGGCCGCUCAUGGAGAUUCGUGGCUCGAUCGAGGGAUUUUACGGUGUCCCUUGGUCUCACCAGGCGCGCCUUGACCAGCUCGCUUUCUAUGGGAAGCACAAGAUGAACACCUACAUCUAUACGCCGAAAGAUGAUGUGCUUCUCCGCAACGAGUGGCGUACUCUUUAUGGAGACGACGAAGUUUCUCAGCUUAAGGAGCUUAUCGACGGCGCAAACGAAAACCAUGUCGAUUUCACUUACGCUCUAUCGCCUGGUCUGGACCUCUGUUACUCAUCUGACGACGAUUUCAACGCUACUGCAACCAAGUUCAACCAGAUCCGAGAUCUGGGUGUCCACAGCUUCUACAUUGCUCUCGACGACAUCCCUCUCGAGUUCCAUUGCGACUCGGAUAAGAAGAAAUGGAGCAAAACGGAUGAUUAUCGCUGGAUCGCUGACGCCCAGGCUUACUAUUUGAACCGUGUCCAGAAGGAGUACAUCGAGCCGAACAACCUCAAGGACCUUCAGACUGUUCCGACAAACUAUGCCGGCAGCGCACCAGAUCCUUAUAAGGAAGAGUUUGGCACCAAGCUGAAUAAGAAAAUCCGCGUCCAGUGGACCGGGGAAGGAGUCUUCAGUCCCAAUGUGACCGUCGAAAGUGUUUCGCUCGCCGCCUCAACCUACGUUACCGACAACCUGUACAUCUGGGAUAACUUCCCUGUCAACGACGGCGAUCGCAAUCGCCUAUUCCUCAACCCGCUUACUGACCGUGACUCCGACCUCUACGAGUAUCUCAUUGGCUUCACCUCGAAUCCGAUGUCACAGGCAUACGCCUCGAUGCCAUCUCUUGCCAAUUAUGCUGACUACACGUGGAACGGCCCAGCGUACAACGCCAACAAGUCAAUGGAUGCCGCUUUGUGGGAGCUCUCAGGCAACGAUGCAAGCGUCCACGAUGCAGUCCUCGCGUUCACCGAUCUUAACCAAUACUGGCCAUACCGCGAGCCUGCAGUACAUUCGCCACAGCUCAACAGGGACGUCACUGCAUUCUGGGCUGCGCGUAACGCUUCAUCUAAAGCCCACUAUAAGUACCGCAAAAAUGACGGAACUGAAGCGCUUCGCAACCGCCUUGAGCUUCUCACAACGCUCCCCGACGUUCUUCCCCGCAUGGCCAUGAAGGGAUUCGCCACAGACGUGGCACCCUGGUCUACCCUUGCGAUGCAAUGGGCGACUGCGUGCCAGCACCUGAUCGCCAUGCUAGAUGCGCUUGAUGCUGGCGACAAGAGCACAGCAGAUAGCGAGUUCAAGACCGCGAAGACCUGGAUUAAGAAGACGAAGGCCAAGACUGUUGACGACCGAAAUAGCGAUGGUGAGGACCUGCCGAACUCGAUCACCCCGGUGACUGGUGAGGAUGCGUUUGGCGGGUUUGUCAACCGGACAACAGCUAUUCAUAACGGUCAAUAG